CACGCUGCUUCUGGCAAAUUAUUCUUAUUAGCUGUUAAAUGAGCAGGGAGGCGGGGUUAGACUGGCGGCCGUCUAAGCGCAGAUGUGUCUUUAACAUCCCCAUGAUACUAUUCAUAAUACUCAUUUCUCAGAACACUUACCUAUGUCGAUGAGAGGCGCCGUGGCAUAGGGAUUAGACAGAUUGCUCUGGCUUCAGGUUGUGUGAUCCUGGGAGAGUCACUUAACUUCAAAAUACUCCCAGGCAACUCUCUAAACGCUUCAGAGAAGGUGCCGCCCUUCCUCAAACCGGAAUUCCCUCUACCAAUCAAAUGAGUCCCUAACCUUGGACAUCUCUCUGUCUCUCCGUUCUGCUCUCUGUUUCUGUCUCUGUCUCUCUGUGUGUCUCUGUCUCUCUCUCUGUGUCUCUGUGUCAGUGUCUGUCUCUCUCUCCCUCUUCCUCGUGGGGGCAAGUGGAUAAAACAUCAUGGAUCCAUAGAAAUAGCGUGAAUGCCUGGAAGGAUGAAUGGAUACAGGCAUGGAUGCCCUCGUGAUGUGGGGACUGAAAUCCUCAGACACCUGUGUCUCAGGCUCCAGACACUUCAGGCUUCGCGGUUUCGGAAGAUAUCGUUUGUAUUCUUAAGCUGCCUCCAGGGUGAUUUGGAGAUUUUAUGUCUUUCCGUGGGUUUCUUUACAAGAGAUGAAAUGUAAGAGGUGUGAAGGAAGGGUGGCGAUUACCUCCCGACCUGGCUGCUUUGCCUUACGUUUCAGUCCGGCUCGAGUCCUCAACUGAGCGUUCAGAGGCAGAAUAUUUACAUUCUCAGUAUGUGAUCACUGAGUUGGGUUUUGAGUCAGUCUGGAGACACCCGUAGGCAGGGUCAGAUCACGCCAAAGGAAGCGGAUUAUGCAGUAACUCUAGAGAAGAGAAUAGCAGUCAUUCACAUCAAAGGAGGGCCAUUCCCUGAAAGGUUCUGGUCUAAGCCAGGACUUGCGAGAAGCUGCAACGAGUAGGCCCCUCUGACCGCUGGGAGCACAGGUGUGUACCGGCCAGGCAAGAGAUGGCAAUGGGCCCCUUUGUGACUCCCCUCUGGACUGGCUGAGGUCUGGGACCCCGCUUUUCUUCCAGCCUGAUCAGAGCCACCCCGAGGGACAGCUGGACGCCGGCUCAAGUUGCCGGCCCCUAGUCCCAGGCCUGAGGCAAAGGCGCUGUCGCGGGGGUGGCCGGCUCCUCUAUAAGCAGCCUAGACUUCUCCAGAAAGUUUAUUUUGCCAGGUGUUCCCCUAACGAAAAUCUAGCCCCAGGCCCCGAGAGGUUCGUCCGGCAUCCCUGUGCAUCAAAAAGACUUGGGGUUUUUUUGCAGGUUGCUUUGACUUCGGAGCUGUGACUCUGGUUUUUACUUCAGUACAUCCAAACUUUAUUUUGGCACUUUGCUCAGACAAGAAAAAAAGGAAGAAAAAAGAGAGGACCCCCCCCCCCCAGGGUUAGUUGUAACUUCCUAGAGCCCCUGAGAUUCGACUUCCUUUUUUUUUUUUCUUCCCGAUUCUCGGGCCAAUCCAACUUCUUCCCUUCCCCUAAAGCACCCAAGGGAAAGCUGUCCAGGGCGCUGGCAAGACCUUGGUGCCCCAUCGCCUGCCACCCUGUGCUGGACAGGGCUGCUUGGGAGCUUCUCAUACAGAGGGUAGUGGACCGGUCUGGAAAGCCCAACUGUGAAGCUGAGAUCCCUUUAACGGGCCCAGGAUCAUCAGUAUUUCCAAGGGCUGGGCUCCUUUCCUCCCCUUCUCUUUCCCUUUCCCCCGGCCCCCAACAUGGGGUGAGAAAGUGAGCGGCUUCUGAGAGCUUGGGGCUCUGGCAAACCCAUCUUCCUCCUCCUCCUCCUCCUCCUCCUCCCUCCACCCUCCAGGUCUCCUCCUUCCCAGCCCCUAUCGGCUGAAUCAGGAAGCCGGUGACGUAGGCAAGCGCUGACUGGCUGAAGACCGAUAGGAUCGCAGCCUCGGGCAAAUUAAGGUGCAGAAGAGAGUGCGCCCCGUUGCAGUGGCCACCCCCUCCGGGCUUGCCCCGACACCGCUGCGGACUCGCUCUAUAGCCUAUUCAGGAGCAUCUAAACUCGGCCAAGCAGCAGGUCUCGGCAACUACGGGCGAUCUGUCUUUGCCCCAGGCCAGAAGGCACUAAGGAACAGGGGCAUGCACUAAAAUCCCUGGUAUUUGCGCCCCGGGCGUUUUUCUUCUGUUAGGGGAGCUCCCAGGCUCCUCCAGAUCACUUUGGGUCCCCCCCUCCACUUUCCUCCCUCUAACCUGCUCCCAAUAGCCGAACUGAUCCUCAUUUCUCACCCAGUGUGGUCUUAGAUCUGCUUAACUGACCUUCAAUGCUCCUGAGCUUUCGUAGGAUUUUGAGGGGCAGAGCAGGAAGGGAAGAGAGCAGAGCGUUGGGGCUUCAGGGAGCUUGGGUCCAGGGCGAUUUCUGGUGAGAGUGGCUUCUGCUCUUCGCUUGUCUAGAAACUUUCCCUUAUCUCCCCUUCCUUUGUUCCCCACUGAUCUGGGGGAAAGCUGGGAGUCAGCCCCGUAGCCUUCCUGCCUGGCUAGGACCGCCGGGUGACAGCAUGGAGUACACGGCGUCGCCGAAGCCACAGCUCUCGUCGCGGGCCAACGCUUUCUCCAUCGCGGCUCUCAUGUCCAGCGGAGGCGGCUCCAAGGAGAAGGAGCCUUCUGAAAACACCAUCAAACCCUUGGAACAAUUCGUGGAGAAGACUUCCUGCGCCCAACCCCUCGGCGACCUCCCAGGGCUCGACUCCCACGGCGACUUUGGCGGCAGCCUUGGAGGCGGCGGCGGCAGCCCUUCCUCUCUGUGCACGGAGCCCCUCAUCCCCACCACCCCCAUCGUCCCCAGCGAGGAAAUGGCCAAGAUCGCCUGCAGUCUGGAGACCAAGGAGCUCUGGGAUAAAUUUCAUGAGCUGGGCACCGAGAUGAUCAUCACCAAGUCGGGCAGGCGAAUGUUUCCUACCAUUCGGGUGUCGUUUUCCGGGGUGGAUCCUGAAGCCAAAUACAUUGUUCUGAUGGAUAUCGUUCCUGUGGACAACAAGAGAUACAGAUAUGCCUACCACCGCUCGUCCUGGCUGGUGGCUGGCAAGGCCGACCCUCCCCUUCCCGCAAGGUUGUAUGUGCACCCAGAUUCUCCUUUCACUGGAGAGCAGCUGCUGAAACAGAUGGUGUCUUUUGAAAAAGUGAAACUCACAAAUAAUGAACUGGAUCAACACGGCCAUAUUAUUCUGAACUCUAUGCACAAAUACCAGCCCAGAGUCCACAUCAUCAAGAAGAAGGACCACACUGCUUCCCUGCUCAAUCUGAAGUCUGAAGAAUUCAGGACAUUCAUCUUCCCGGAGACCGUUUUCACAGCGGUCACUGCCUACCAGAAUCAGCUGAUAACCAAGCUGAAAAUUGACAGCAAUCCAUUCGCCAAAGGUUUCCGAGACUCCUCCAGGCUCACUGAUAUUGAAAGGGAAAGUGUUGAGAGUCUGAUUCAGAAGCAUUCCUAUGCCCGCUCGCCUAUUCGUACCUACGGGGGAGAAGAGGAUGUCCUGGGAGAUGAGAACCAGACAGCACAAAAUCGAGGGUCCGCUUUUACUGCAUCUGACAAUUUGUCACUCAGCUCCUGGGUAUCCUCUUCAUCAAGUUUUCCUGGAUUCCAGCACCCCCAGUCUCUGACCGCCCUGGGAACCAGCACUGCCUCCAUUGCCACAUCCAUUCCUCACCCCAUCCAGGGAUCUCUGCCCCCAUACAGCCGCCUAGGGAUGCCUCUUGCCCCAUCUGCCAUCGCUACCUCCAUGCCAGGGAGUGGUCCCACGUUCCCUUCCUUCCACAUGCCCAGAUACCACCACUACUUUCAACAGGGGCCUUACGCUGCCAUCCAGGGACUGCGCCAUUCCUCUACAGUGAUGACGCCAUUUGUAUGACUGGCCCAAGCAGAGGGCAACCUGGAUGUAGAAUAGGCAAACUUGGUAUGAAGAUAGAAGGUGGGGAUGUGGUGUUGGUUGGGAGACUCUCCAUGAGGCAUGGAACCACUGAAGAGGAGAGAUGGACCCCUAAUCACAUCAACUGCUAACACAAUGCACUCACUAUGGGCCAGCAGUCAUCUAUAGAAGGGCUAAUUUUUGACUUAGUAGAAUGCCCAUCUGGAACAUUCAGAGAAAGUUUAGUGCAUCAUACGUUAGCAGUGUGUACGAUGCUCUGUGGAUGCAGUCGUGGACAAAUCCAAUGUGGAUAGGAUUUCUUUCCGUUUUUUCACAGGUUCAAAGAGUUUCACAAGAUGCAAAACCAUCGGUUAUAGUCAUAUAACACCAUCUCUCCCUGUAAAUAACAGGAGUCAAUACCGAAAUAUCUGUAAUGUGGUAGCUUGAGCAUGUUUAGUUUACCUUAGCAUUAGUUUGCUGAGAAAGCAGCUCCCAAAAGAAGGGUGUCUUUUUUGUUCAUGACUAGGUGGUAGUUACUUCCCAGCACCCUUCUGUAAUACUGAUAGGCCAGAAUCGUCCAAACCCAGCUCCCAUCCAUCUUGACUUGUUCUUCCCUCCUCCCUCUGUCCUGGCAAUUCCUCCCCUUCUCUCUCAACCUCUUGUAUUUUGUGUGUGUAGGAAAACGCUUCUCUAAAUCUUUUUCAAGCAACAGACUGUAGAUAUCACACUCUGAAACUGAAGGUUUGUUUUCAGAAACGGCAUUCUUUAAAAAAGAGAAAGAAAUCCUGCAUACAGAUUCAUCAGUGAGCACUUUAAAACACGCAGUCCCAGGCAGUAUCAGAGGGUUUGCUUCACUUGUCACUGUAGACUUUGAACCUGGUCUGGAAGGAUGGCCCUGCCACCAAUGCACAAGUCUGAAGGUCAGACUGGGCAACAUUCUCAUCUCCUGAAGGUCAGCUCCUGUGCCAGGCAGACGUCACCCAAUGCCAAGGUCAGCUAGCGCCUAUCCAUGAUUGACACGCACCUUUGGGUGAGGUGUCUGAGUGCCAAAUUUAGUCGUGGUUGAACUCAUACCUGGAGCUCGCUAUUGGUUGUUAAAUAUUUUGGUGGUCUCUUCAUUUGAUUGUGCGAUGCUCAAGAUUCAUUUUGGCAUUUCUUCCCUUUCCCUUCAUGCUCCCCCACCUUGAAAAAUAGGGGGAAAACAUAACAGAUGGAUCCUUCGUUGGUCGAGGCAUUCUCAUCUGGAAGAGUUAUAUCCAAAUAAUCAAGCAAGUAACUGGCAAACCAAGGAAUUCAGUAUCCAUUCUUGCUACCUGCGCCUUCGCAUGGGGGCCUGAGCAGUGAUUUCAUUGGUCUAGGGAAUUCCCUUCCUGGGAGUAAAGAAAUCUAUACCUUAAGUGACUUGUCCAGGGCCGUCCUUGCCCAUUUGGUUCCAAGUCUGGUUCUUCAUCCCCAACUUGACGCUGUCUCACAUCCAUUCUUGUGGUGUUUUUAUAAUAGCAUUGCAGUAGGCUAACCAACCUACUAUUCCUCAGUAACUUGUAGUGGAACAUCCAUGACGUAAUGAUACUGCCUUUGUGGAUGCCUUGGGCUCCAGGUGUAGGACAAAACAUGCCAAUCAAUGUCCGCAUUUGUGGCGACACACAAGCAUCUUCUACUGUUGUUGUUAUUGUCUUGAGGGGUGGAUGCGAUAUGCGAUGUUAUUCAGCGGCACUCUUGCAUGCAAAGGAAUUAUGUAAUCUAUGUGACCUAACUGUCACCUCCAAUGUGGUAGCUGAUAAUAGAGGCAUAUUUCUGGGGUAGUGCAAUAUAUUCAUUGUCUAGGUGCCCACAGUUUCAUCAACUUGGUGCUCUCCAAAUAUGAAUGCCUCCCUGGAUCUCCCCUAGCUUACAGGAAUAGGUGAUAAGCUCAUAGAUUUAGUAUCAAGGGAACUUUAGAGGUUACAGCCCAGCUCCCCCAUUCUACAGAUGAGAUCUGGAGACCUGCAGCAAUUUGUCCAACAUGCCAGAGCUAGAGUAUGUCUGAGGCAAGAUCUGAACCCAGGUUUUCCAGACUUAAAGACCAGCUCUGCAUCCCUGGUGCCAUGCUGUAUAACCUGUCUGCAUGAUAAUGAGACCAUGUUGGAAUUUUGCACAUGAAUUUCUCUGAUGUGUUCCAAAGAUUAGUUAUCGAGAAAUAUCUAUGGUUCAAACAAACCAUUUGAGAAGCCUCUGUCUGCCCUCAUUAAGUCCCUGGGCAAUUUUAAUUACUUUCAAACAAGACACACUUUACAAAGUAUCAACUCAUUUUGAAAGCAUUUUGGGUUAGCAUAUAUGGUAAAUCUCCAUCAAGUAUGCAUGAAUGUGUUAAUAUCUCAUACCUCUGUCUAUUGCCGAUAUCUCUUUUAAUGUUGUUUGAAAUAGCAACGGCCCCAAGUAAGAUUCCACGUUCACUAAUAUUCUCCUAGGUUGUUAGGCUCUUGCAUUGAUUGUACUGAAUGCCCAUACCUAAACCUUCUUUUCAGAGAGAAUGGAAGGAUUAUCUCAGUCCUAAUUUGGUGCUUCCCAGAUCAACGUAUUACCUAUAGGUUUGUAUGUUUUUGUUAAAUGCCCCUUUCACAGAAAUUGUUUCUAACUUCAUGUCUUCAACUUUUGAUCAUGAAAUCAUUAGUUUAGUUCAAAAGCCAAUAGGUCAGAAACCAAUAUACCCUCCUUCUGCCUGUUCUUUGGUAAACAUGAGGUUUUACAUCUACUUCUAAAAAAGUUUUUAGUACUACUUAAGCUGGAGCAAGGGAAACGUGAGAUUGGGAUCCCAGCUGGUUAGUACCCAUUCUGUCCUGUAAAAUUGGUUCUCAGAUGGAAACCUUUCUUUAGGAGUUCCAAAUGGUUUUCUCAACAUGCUGGGAAUUUAUAACCUGAAACUUCCAUGCCAUGUUGGCAUAGAAAGUAUUGUCAGAGCUACUCACCACUUUGAAAUAAUAAGAGGAAUGUCAGUGUGGGUCUGUAAAAAAAAAAAAGUCUAAAUUCUAGAUAUUUUUAUUUUUUAAAUGCAGUUCUUUUAAGAUACAGAACUUUGCACUUAAUGGGCACUUAAUAUAUACUCAUUAAAUUGCUGAAUUGAAAUAUGCAUGAUAACACCAAUGAGUAGCUGAUUUGUGUCCAAUAAUAGCUUAUAUUUAUUUAGCACUCUUCUCACAAGGACCAGAGGUAGUGCAAAUAUCACUUCUCAGAAGAGGGCAAGCGACUAAUGACUUGUUCAGGGUCAUGCAGCUAAUAGUAAAAAUAGCUCACAUUUAUUUAGUUUAUAAGGUUUACAGAGAAUUGUCAUAUACGCCAUCUCAUUGGAGCUUCACACCCCUGUGAGAGAGGUACUGGAGAGAGAUAUUACUAUCACCAUCGUAUUGAUGAGGAAACUGAGGCUCAAAAGUGUUGCCCAAGGUCAUGCUAGAUGUGGGACUCAAAGGAAGUGUUUUAACCUCAAGGACAAUGCUCUAGCCAACUUACUCCUCACUCCUACAGUGGAACCUAACAAGAGAUUUGUGAGAUACACUCCAAUGACCAGAGAAAAAUCAGGCGUAAUUAACACAUUUUUAAAAUUUGCCUGAUAAUUCUAAAAAUACUUGCGUGUAACAUCUUUCAAAUAGUUUUAAAGAUUCCAUAUCACGUUGUUUAUCCUAUUCAUUUGCUUGGCAAACUUUCCCCCCAUAGUCAGUCCAACAGAAAACUUCAGACAAAUUCUAAAUUAGAGAGAUACAAACUAAUGACUUUUAUAUCUUUAUUUCUGAGACCUCUAAGGGCAUUUUUAUUUUAGUUUUUGUUUAGAGGAAAGAGGGAGAAGGGAAG